AAAUUGAAAUGGAUAUGCAAUUGCAGUUGCAACGAGAGAGAUGUGGUUUAGAUGAUGUUCAGAAUUGUUUCGGAAUAGAGCAUACUUUCUUAGAGUGAAACAAUGAGUGGGAUAGCGAGGAUCUAGGGAUUCAAAAGAGAGAUCAAGAGGAAGAUCAUCCUCUUUUACAAGCACAGAGGGAAUAUGUAGGAUUCUUGCCUGAAGAAAAUUCCUUGUUUGAUGAUAAGAGCAUAAUUCCUCCAAAGACUCUUGAAUUUGCAGACAUCGAUUUCCAUGAUGAUUUAAAGAGGAAAGGAAACAUAAGCAAUUUAGAGGGCUCAAAUUUAUCUAAAAAACAAGAUCUUAAUAGAUGAGAAACUGAAACUGUUAUCCAGAAAUUAACUAACAAAGUUCCUAAACUUUCUGUUUCUCACAAAUAUUCAAGAAGCCUUCCCAACUAUGAAAUCAUGGUCAGCUCAAUUUUAGAUACUUCCCAGAUCAAUUUCAAGCCAGCAGAAUUAUCCUGAAGAAAAGACGUAAUCAAUAAAAGAAUCAUCAGAGGCUUCAAAAGAUUCAUUGUUCGCUUAUUUGAUUCUAAAAGAAUAAGACCUUGUAGACUCAAAAACAGGAGCUCUAAUUUCAAAAGAGUAAUGAUACGAGAAGCCACUAAACUUAAUAUUAUAACCUCCAACAAUAACUUAUCAACGAAUAGCUUUAAUGAGUUUGUAUGUUGGAUGGCUAUGAGCAAAAACACUCAGAAAGCAAAGAUGCUUUUCGAUUACUCCAACCAGUCGAUUUUGCUGAUGCAGGAAAUACUCACAAAGUACUCUCAUAGCAAGUUUGAGGAAGUAUAUCGUGAUGCAAACAUUGCCAAGUUGUUCUAUUACUUUGUACAAAAUGGACUUGGAGAUUUUAUAAAAACAUGCCCAGAUGACAAAAGGUGUCUCUACAAGAGAUUUACAGAGGAAAUUUAUAACAAGUUCUCUAAAUACUCUACAUAAAUAAUACAAUUCAAAUAAACCUGGUCUCCCUGUCAAUAUAUCCACCACAUUUUCCCCAGAAAUUUGGAUGAUACCUGAAUUACUGUAUUUCUAUUUUAAGAUUAUUAUCAAACCCUAGAUUUUGUCAUGCAUUAAUCCUUACCGUAUUAUAUAAUCCUGGAAGGAUCCUACUUGAUCAGAGAUCUUCUGAAUCUAUAAAGUAACCAGAUAGCUUAACUUAUGGCUCUUUAGGAAUUAUAAGCCAAACUACAAGAUUAUAUCUUAGAUUGCAGAAAGUAAGUUCAACACAAACUUAUUAAGUCUAUCAGAGGUCUGCCAUUGUUGUUGCUUGGUAUUUUAGUGGCAUCCUCUUUGCAUGUUUAUUGACAUUCCAAAUGUACAAUCAAGGAGAAUAAUAAUUAUGGUUUGAUUUUAAGUUAAGAAUUCUCUUCAAAGAGAUUUUGUUGCUAUAAAGUCUUGGUCUUAAUUAAUACAAAACAUGGUAUUUAGAAAAUAGGUUGAAAAUAUUUUCAAAGCAUGAUGAAGGAGGCUUACUUGUUAUAAAAGGAAAAUUUUAUAGCCUCCUUCUGUGAGAAGCUUUAAUGGUUAUAAUAGGUAAAGGAGGUUAUAAUUUUGACUUCACCGCUUUGUGAAAAAUUACUAGAUUUAAUGUUAUUUCUCUUAUAUUUAUUCCAUAUGUGAAUUCAUAUUCUUCAUAAACCUCAUUGUUUAUAAGCUCGGAUUAGCAAUAAUGAUCAUUAAAGAGCUAUCAACAAUAUUUCUCGUAUUUAUAGUUUUAGACAAGCCAUAGUUAAGAAAUGAAAUUUUGAAAAAUUAAAAGAGGGUUUAUUGCACAAUUAAAGUAAACUUAUUUUAAACGACCCUCUUCGAACACAAAUUUACUAUAAAAAUCUCUCACACUCACCUUCAUACAGCUCUAAAACCUCCCAGAAUUACUUUCCCUGCUGAAAAUCCCCAUCCUCAGCCUCAUCAAAAUCUGUCCAAAAUCCUUUCUAGUUCCCACCGCGAUGGAAUAUCAACCCUCUCCCUUACCCAAUAUGCCGUCCUACAAUCUUCUAAAAGUUCUAAUCCCCACUCAACAACCCCUCAAGUACUGCCUGGAAGUCUUAUGGGCAUCUUUCAAAGUUUUAGGAUUUGAAAAGAUUUCAUAAUUUUGAAAGCGGUGAGCUGGUUUAUAUUAUAUU